GUUUUCGUAUUCUUUUACCUUUCGUCUUUAGGGUUGGUUCAGUGUCGAUUUCAAUCCCUUGUCGAUUAAAAAGAAAAAAAAAUGUUGGACAUCAAUUUGUUCAGAGAGGAGAAGGGUCAUAACCCUGAGAUCAUUCGCGAAUCAUUACGGCGUCGUUACGCCAACGUUCAAGAUGUCGAUGCCAUUAUCGACCUUGACAAAGUUUAUCGCCAAUUGUUAUAUGAACUUGAAAAUCUGCGAAAAGAGUUCAAUAAGAUUAACAAGCAAGUCGCUCAACUUAAAAUUGCUAAGCAAGAUGCAACAGAGACAAUUGCCAAGACAGAGGAGGUUAAACAGAAAAUAGCUGAGAAAGAUGUUGAGGUUAAAGAUUCUUGGGCUGUUUUAAAAUCCAAAUUGGAGAAAAUUGGUAACCUUGUGCAUGACUCGGUUCCCGUCAGUGAUGAUGAGGCAAAUAAUGCUGUGAUUAGAACUUGGGGUGAAAAGCGUUUGGAGCCUAAGCUGAAGAACCAUGUUGAGCUCGUCGAGCUUCUUGGGAUUGCAGAUACAAAAAAGGGUGCUGAUGUUGCAGGAGGUAGAGGUUACUACCUAAAGGGAGAUGGAGUACGUCUCAAUCAAGCUUUGAUCAAUUUUGGGCUAGAUUUUUUGGAGAAAAGGGGGUAUACAGCAUUGCAAACUCCAUUCUUCAUGAGGAAAGAUGUUAUGGCCAAGUGUGCUCAAUUGGCCCAAUUUGAUGAGGAACUUUACAAGGUGACCGGUGAAGGUGAUGACAAGUAUCUUAUUGCAACUGCUGAACAGCCACUCUGUUCUUACCAUGUGGAUGAUUGGAUCCAGCCCUCUGAGCUACCUAUAAGAUAUGCUGGAUAUUCAUCUUGUUUCCGCAAAGAAGCUGGUUCACAUGGUCGCGAUACUCUUGGAAUUUUUCGGGUUCAUCAAUUUGAGAAAGUGGAGCAAUUCUGCAUUACCAGUCCAAAUGGUAAUGAGUCCUGGGACAUGCAUGAGGAAAUGAUUAAAAACUCCGAGGAUUUUUAUCAGAUGCUAAAGCUUCCCUAUCAAGUCGUGGUGAUUGUUUCUGGUGCUCUUAAUGAUGCUGCUGCCAAGAAGUAUGACUUGGAAGCAUGGUUUCCAGCAUCUCAGACUUACAGAGAGUUAGUGUCAUGCUCAAAUUGUACAGAUUACCAAUCAAGGAGGCUAGAAAUUAGAUAUGGGCAGAAAAAGAACAAUGAACAGGUGAAACAAUAUGUUCACCUGUUGAACUCUACCCUCACAGCAACCGAAAGGACAAUAUGCUGCAUCCUUGAGAAUUACCAGAAGGAAGAUGGUGUUGAAAUACCAGAAGUUUUACGGCCAUUCAUGGGUGGGAAGUCCUUCCUUCCUUUCAAGACCAAACCAACUGCUGAAACUAAAGGGAAGAAAUCAAAGGCCUAGUUAUGUCUCACCAAACCAUUGGUUACCAUUGAAGGAACAAGCGCUCAGAUUGCCUGAAAACUAGUUUUGUUUUUCAAAAAUUGUGGCCUACUGCCAUCACGACACUGAAUAUAUAAAUUUAAUUGUUUUGUAGUACUUUGCAAAAAGAAAACCCCAGCCAUGAUACUGUGACAGACAUUAUAGACUUGGUGUUUUAAGUUAUUGGAUAUCCUUUACAAAAUUUGUCAUAUAACUGUAACCAAACUACCAUAAAUUUGUUUUAAUUUUCUUUCUGAUGUGCAAUAUAAUCGAUUUUUCUUC